AUAGAUAGGAAGCAGACGAGCAGCGUGAUAAAAAUUCGCGGUAUUGUGUUUAAUAUUUUACGUACCAAAUUUUUAGAUAAUGUCACGUUACGAUGAAAAGUCUAUUGUAAAAAAGAUCUGCGUUGUGAUAUUAAUCAGUAUUUUUUGACAAAGAGUUAAACUUCAUUUUCAAAAAGAAAUUAUCUCAAUAAGUAAUUCUUUGUCGCAAACGACUAAUAUAACAAUUUACAGCAUAAUCCCAAACAGUUGUUCAAAAUGGAAGAUAAUACAGAAGCAUCUGUUGAUCCUGGAGCCAGUUUAACUCGGCGUUAUACGACUAGAUAUGAUUCAGAAGAUCAUCAUGCUUGUAUGGUUUAUAUUGGUUAUCGGGUCCCAGGCUACAGAAGAAGAAGUCAUCAUAGACGCAGGCAUAGCCAACAUCAUUAUUAUAAACCGGGAUACUGUGGUGAAUCAGAUUGUGAACAUGAUGUGAGUAAACCAGUGACUCCUCCAUCAGAAAGAGUACAUUUUAUUCUGGGCGAAGAAGAAGAUGGAACUCAUGAACCCCACCCCUUGUUCAGUGAAAUGGAAGAAUUAUUUCAAAAAGGAAAUGAUAUUGAAUGGAGGGAGACUGCACGUUGGAUCAAAUUUGAAGAAGAUGUGGAGGAAGGAGGCAAUCGAUGGUCUAAGCCACAUGUUGCAACUGUUUCACUUCAUUCACUUUUUGAAUUACGAAGCUGUAUAUUAAAUGGCACUAUUCUGUUGGACAUGGAUGCCAAUUCUCUUGAAGAAAUAACUGAUUUAAUUCUUGAAAAUAUAGAAUCCAGUCAACAGAUCACAGUAGAUGUUAAAGCCAAAAUCAAAGAGAGUUUGCUGAAACCUCACCGUCACCAACAUCAGCUACAAGAUGAUUGGUCAGACAAAGGCUCACGUCUUCCAAUAAUCAGGUCUUUAACUGAUGUUAGGCGGAAUUCAUCAAAAAUGAAUUCUUCCAAUGCUUUAACUUUCUUCCAUAUUUUAAAUCCACAUACAUCCUCUGUUGUGGAGGAAAGAACAAAUACUGCGGGGAAUUCAGCUAGUACUGGAGUAUUAAGUGAUACUGUAGCUCAUAACUUAAGUUCAUUAUCAUUUCGAGCUCUAGCUAAUGCAAGAAGCUGUACUUCUCCAGAAGAAACAUCUUCAGACAACCUUUUGCAUAAGAUUAAUCAGUCCUUUAUGAGGAAGAUUCCACCUAAAGCUGAGGCUUCAAAUAUUUUAGUUGGGGAAGUAGAUUACUUGGAUAAAAUUGUCUCAUCCUUCGUCCGAUUGACAAGUAGUUGUAGUCUUGGAGAUUUAACUGAAGUUCCUGUGCCCACCAGGUUCCUUUUUAUUUUACUAGGACCUGUUGGUCAUGCUUUAAGAUACCAUGAAAUUGGAAGAGCAAUGGCUACUUUGUUAUCUGAUGAGGUAUUUCAUGGUGUAGCAUAUAAAGCAAAAAAUAGAACAGAUCUAUUAGCAGGAGUGGAUGAAUUUUUAGAUGCUACCACUGUAUUACCUCCUGGAGUUUGGGACCCUCGAACUAGAAUUGAACCGCCCACGCAAACAGCUUCUCAGGAAGCUAGAAAGAAGAUUCCCGAGCCAAAUAAGGAAACUAAAAUUGACACUUCUGCUUCAGAAACUAGCAGUGUUCAGGUAGAAAUGUGGGCCUACGAUGAAAAGCUUUUCAGUGGAUUGGUCACAGAUGUUCGCCGAAAAUUGCAAUGGUACAUAAGUGAUGCAAGAGACAGUUUAUCUGUGCAGUGCAUUUCUUCCAUAGUAUUUUUAUACUUCGCUUGCAUAGCUCAAAUUAUCACUUUUGGAGGGUUACUCGCAAAAGUUACCAAGAACAAAAUGGCAUCCCUGGAAUGUUUAUUUGCUGCACUCUUAUGUGGAGUAAGCUAUAGCUUAUUUAGUGGUCAACCACUAACACUUCUUGGAAGUACUGGUCCAGUUCUAGCUUUUGAAAGCAUGGUCUUUGAGAUGUGCGAGAAUUAUGGACUAGAUUUUCUACCCAUGCGUGUUUGGAUUGGAUUAUGGACUUUUCUUUACCUAUUUCUAUUUGUGGCUUUUAAUCUUGCUUCACUUGUUCGCUACAUCACUCGAUUCACAGAAGAAAUCUUUGCAACAUUAGUAUCUUCUUAUUUUAUUUACAAAGCUUUUAAGAAUGUAUUGGAAAUAGCAAAUGAAUUUCCUCUGAUGACAAGAAACAGUCCGUUUUAUCCAAUGUGUGUUUGCCUUUCACCAACACCUAACUACUCUAUAGUGAGUGAAGAUGAGUGCCAAACUUUGGGAGGAAUAUCAGCUCCAAGUGGGUGCAGCUAUACACCACCCACAUAUGUCCCUAAUAUUUUUCUCAUGUCUGUCAUUCUGUUCAUCAGUACAUUUGGUCUCAUUUUGUUGUUGCGCCAUGUUAAAAGGACACCCUUUUUUACAACUAAGAUCCGCACUUUGAUAUCAGACUUUGCUGUUAUGAUUGCUGUCAUAGCCAUGACUUUUUUGGAUGUAUGUGUGGGGUUAGGAACACCCAAACUUGAAGUUCCGCAGUCAUUUAAACCUUCAUCGUCUGAUAGGGAAUGGCUUGUUCCAUUUUUUGGAAAUAAUCCAUGGUGGACAGCAAUUGUGGCAACAGUGCCUGCACUAUUUCUGACUAUGUUGGUUUUUAUGGAUCAACAAAUUACAACUCUCAUUGUUAACAGGAAAGAAAAUAAACUAAAGAAAGGGUGUGGCUAUCAUUUGGACCUUUUUAUAAUAGCAUGUUUAAUUGCCAUUUGCUCAAUAUUUGGAUUGCCUUGGUUUGUAGCUGCUACCAUUUUGUCUAUGACUCAUGUAAAUUCUUUGAAAAAGUUUAAUCUUCCAUCUGCCCCAGGAGAAAAGCGUCAAUUUUUAGGUGUCAGAGAACAGAGGGUGACACAUUUUUGUGUGUUUAUUCUAAUUGGGCUCUCUGUUUUCUUCACCAGUAUCUUGCAGUAUAUACCAAUGCCUAUUUUGUAUGGAGUUUUUCUCUUCAUGGGCGUAAAGUGUCUGAAAGGAUUACAAUUUUAUGAACGAAUUCUUCUGAUGCUUAUGCCAGAAAAGUAUCAGCCUGACUACAGUUACCUACGUCAUGUACCCAUUAGAAAUGUUCUACUGUACACUCUUCUUCAACUGUUCUUAUGUGCUUUGCUAUUUGCUUGCAAGUUGUUUAAGCCAACUGCAUUUGCAUUUCCAGUAUUGCUUUUGGGUGUGAUCUUUGUUAGAAAACUUCUGGGACGCUUUUUUAAUAAAACUCAUUUAAAAAUGCUCGAUGAUGUCAUGCCAGAAGCAGUGAAAGAUAAAGAUAGUACCGUUACUGAUAAACUUUUACCUGGAAAUUUGACUGAAGUGGUAUGUGUAUCUGAGAAUGAUUCAAAAGAAACAGUGAUGAGCAAGCAGAACAGUCAUGCAAAUAUCAAUAUUUCAGAGGUGCUAAUGCAAAGUAGUAUAUGGAAAUGCAUUGAUCAGCAAUCUCAAAAAACCACAAGAAAGAUUCUUGCUGUCAAGAGCAAAAAGAAGAAACACAGGUCCCACACUUCUUCCAAAACUGAAGAGAACCGGCGACUUUCAGUUAUGGAAGAAGAUGACGAGGAGUAUGCCAAUUCAACUGACACCCCAGUGUCUCCUAUGCCUUAUAAAUCACCUAGUGAUUCUCUUACUAGUGAUACACCAAAUGGAACUAAUGUGUAGCUAAAAUUUUAAGUAUUAAGCCAAGUAUUUGCCUUUUAAACCCAAUGUGUUCAGCUGCUCUUUAAAUAAGAUCAGCAGCACUAUUGUUGCUCAAGCAUAUUUCAUUGAUAACAAUGAUAAUAUUUCAUUUUAUUUUUAUUUUACCUAUUUUAAAAAUUGCAAGUAUGUGUUUUCUGUUUUAAUUCAAGGUAUCGGCAGUAAUUUUUAUUGCUGUUUUUUCCUUUAGUGAUAUUCUUUGCAGUGAGUUAUGCAACUUGCAAUUUUGUGAAAGGAAAAAAAAUAGUCAAUUAUUUUACUAAUUGUAGUUAUUUGAAUGGCAUCUGGUUUAUUAUUUAUUCUAUUUAAAAAAAUGUUUUAUUGUGUUAGCUAUUUUUUUCCUCUUGAAGAGUUUUUAUUAUUUUUAUAUUUGUACCUUUGUGUUAUGCAAUUUUUUAAAAAAAAAACCUUAAAACAAUCUGUAUUAAGAAGUAUUUCAAUAACUUAUUUAUUCUCUAAAUAUUUAUAGUAUAUUUAUAAAAAUCUAUAGCUGUGUAAUUCUUAUAAAAAUUAUAUUAAUAUUGUUAACCUGACAUUAUUUCGAUUGUUGAAUUUUUUUUUUUCCUUCUUUUUUAUUUUAGGAAAUUGUUUUUAAUUUCCUUCUUGAAUCUCUUUUUAGUAUUUCACAAUUUUUAUAUUCAAUUUCUUAAAUGAUCUGCAAUCAUUAUUAGCAUUAUUUUUUAUUUAUUGUGGGAAAUGUCAUUUUUACAAGAUAAAGAUAAAUUAAUAUUUUUUUUAGUAUCCUUUUAACUUAUAUUUUUUAUUAAAUGACUUUGUAAUAAAUUUGUUUUGCCUGAAAUUAAUCAAGUGCUAUAAAUUUAAUUCAUGUCUUCAUGAAUCAAAAUUUGAUUACCUAGACUUCUAAAAGUGUUUUAUUUAUUUAAAAAAAAAAAAUCUUCAAUUUUCCCAAAUAUGUGUUAAUUCUCUGCUUUUUAUAUAUUUAUAUUCUUUUUAGUGGCAACAUAAUUAAUUUUUCCUAAUAAAAUUAUAUCUUAGUGUGAUAGGUCAUAUUUUCCUCAAAUUUGUUAUCUUUGAUAUAUGCAGCGAACACAACAUUAGUUUUUACAAAAUAGUUUAUCUAGUUUUUUUUAACUAAUUAAAUUCUUGAAAUUUGUAAAUUUCAAGAACUCAAAAUAGAACAUUUCAAGUCCGUCCUAAAAAUAAAUUCUCAUGCUGCCUACUACAGAACUUUCUUUUGGGUGUUUGUAGAUUUUUCAUAAUACAAUUCUAUGUUGAAAUUUUCAAGCCAAAAAAUUUUUUAAUCUAAGCUUUUAAGCACUUGCAGUAUUUGUUCCUCACAGUCUUCAACCAUUCUGUCGAUUUCAUUUAAAUUUCAUCAAAUAUCUUUAUAUUCUACUCUUCUUGUAAUUUUUUUUCUUUUUUUUUUUUACCUCAUAGAGAAAUUCUAUAGAGUUUAUAAAAUUUUAGCUUUUGAAAUUCAAAUAAUUGUGGAAUUAAAACUUUUUUCUAUGUAUUGAAUCCUUAAUAUAUAAACAUUGCAAAUAAGUUAAUAGCUGUAGAUUAACCAGAUUAAAUUAGAUUACAUUAAUUCCCCAAAUUCUUGCUUAAUACCCAAGUAUAUGCUUUUUUAAAUCUUCUUCUCCAUCUACAGCAGACUUUACUGAUUUUUUCUUUCCUUGAAAUUCAUGCAUCUGUUUUCAAGUUUGUCUAGUUCAGCUCUGAUGUCAGUCUGAACAUUUAUAAGAAAUUAUUUGCUAUCAAGGACCAAUUAAACAUUUCCAUGUGCGAUGCUGUAAAGAUAAGAAUAUACAUUUAUUAUAUGUAUCUUUUUGCUCUCUUUUAAUAAUUAAUUCCUCAAUUUUUAAUUGAAAAAUGGGAAAAAAUGCUGUUUGUAUUUUAAUAUUAAUAAUAAAGCUUUAUCUCUUUUUUAAUAUAUAUAUAUAUAUAUAUAUAUAUAUAAUAGCCUUUUAUAAGCAGUUGCUGACUUCCUUUAUAAUGAUAUAUAUAUCAUUAUAUGCAUUAGUUUUUAAUGCAUUGUAUACCAUAUGGAAUAAAAUGAUUUUGCUGCUGAAUGUAUUGAAAGGGAAGGAAUUUGUAUCUAAAAUUUGCCUUGCUGAUUGUUUUAGUGUGGUAAAUUGAUAGUAACUGUAAUUGAAUUAAUCUGAUGUUUAAUUUUUUUUUAUGUGCUAUUAAUAAUUGCCUCAUAUAUAAAUGCCUUGCUAUUUAAACGAAAUAUUUAAAUAAAAUUACCAUGGCAUGCAAUGUGCUAAAUUGGUGUUUCAGAUAUUAAGAGGUAUUUUAAUAUUCAUAAUCUAAUCUUGAUAAUUAAUGAGCUUAUUUUAAUUGCUGAAGGAAUUUGUAGAUUUUACAUUUUAUCUUGCAAAAUGUUAAAAACACACACAUAUUUCAGAGUAAAUAAAGGUAAUAUUUUAAGAAAGUUAUAUGAUUAUUCAAUAUCGAUUAUUUUUAAAUUUAUUGAAAAAUUUAUCUGCAGUGAACUAUCAAACUGAAUAUACUUUAGUACAAUUUUUUGAUGCAGCUGAAAGCCAUAUGACUCUUUUGAAAUCAUAUUUCUAUCAAUCCCAUCAAUAAGUUACUACUCAUUUGCUUAAGUGAUAUAUAAUUGUAUAAAUAUAUUGCUUCUAUUGGCUGAAAUGUAAUUUUCAAAGUUUGAUAUAUUGUUUUGCAUUUGUAUUAUUUUUAUGCAGUUUAGUGUGUUUUUGUUUUGAAAGUUGCAUGAAUAUUUACUGAUUUUAAUAAUAGGAUUCAUACCUUGUGAAUCAGCUGAAAAGAUUCCAUUUGAUAAAAACGUAGAAAAGUAUUAGAAUUUAGAGGAGGAAUUCAUCUGUUGUGACAAUCAUAAAAGUUGAGUGAUCUUUUUAAUUAUUAAUUCCAUUUUUUUAUAAAAAAAGAAAGCCAACUAUUCAUUUUGAAAAUUAUUUUAUAUUAUGUUAUAGGUACAAAGUUCUUGUUUAAUGGAAAAAUCUGAUUAAAAUUCACUUCUGGUUAAUAUUAUUUAAAUACAAGACAGUCUUAAAAUUUCCAAAAAAUAAUUAUAAUUUUAUCUACUGUGCAUUUUGCUUUGCAUUUUGUCAAUAAGUUUUAAUAUUUCAUAUAUUUUUUUUCUAUUAGUUAUAUCAGUGUUUUUAUGUUUUAUUUGUACAUGCACAUACGGCUCAAACUAAUAAUAUUAUACAUGUAUGUGUCCAAUUAAUAUUGCAUUGGCCAUUUAAUAAUAACCAUCUUCAAUCUAUGUAGUACUAUGCCAAUGAAAUAUAAAAUUUAUAUUUAUUUCAUUAAGUAAGAAAAAAAAUUGCAAUUUUGUUUUGAUUUAAGAAUGUUGCUUUAGCAUUUUUGUUUAUUCUUUCGAAAUAAUAUGUUCCUGGUACAAAAUUAAUUUAGUUUAAUUCUCUCUCUCUUUCUUCUCAUGUUAUCUAUAAAUUUGUGAAAAGAUUUUCAAACAAAUUUACAUUAAUUUUGUUUCAGAUAUCUUAUUUCAGUUUUGAAUAUUAUUUAAUAUGCUUUUGCUAUUUGUUUUAUAAAGAUUUUACCAAUAUAAUAUUAGUUAACAAAGAAGUGUUUUUCAUAUCGAAAUUGAAUUUUGAUAUUUUAAUUAAAUAACUGAUAAGUAAGAUCUCUUCUCUUUCUUAUAUUUAAAAGAAGAAUUAGCCAAAAGAUUUAAACUUUUUCUGAUUUGAAUCACAUAAUUUUACAUUGAAUUUUACCUGAGGGAGGAUUUAACUUCAGAUACAUUAAUCAUUUGGCUAGUUCACAUGAAAAUGGGUUUCUUUCAUUUUAUGUAUUUAAAAUAAUUUGUUGUGAGUUUCCUUUAAUCAUAAGUAUUUUUUUCUCAAAAGAAAAAGGAAGGGGAACAUAACCAAAAGUACGGUUAUUAUCAUCAUAUAUGUUCUUUUAAAUUAAAUUUUCACAUAUGUAAUUAGAAUUCGACAUGUCAUUUAACAAAAGAAAUAAUACUUAUUUUGAAAUUAGCUCUUAUUACAGCAUUAAUGUUUUGUUCCAAGUUAUUUCAAAUUAUGAGUUCUGUAUUUUGAAGAAUUGAAAUGCUUGGUUGAAGAGGUCAUUUAUAUAUCAGUAAACAUUUUGUAUUUUUUAUAUGUAUCUGGUGGGAUAGAAAAAAUUAUCCCUAUUGUAUAAAUGUUUCAUGUUUCAGAUUUAAAUAUUUGUUAUUUUACAAGAUGCAUAUAUUUGAAGUUGUAUUUUUUAUUGGUUUGCUAUUAUUUAAUAAAGAAGUAUGGAGUUGG